UCUCUCUCUCUCAGAUCUCAAUCUCGAAAGAAACCCUAAAAUGACAUCGCAUCUCGAAAGAAACCCUAACCCUAAAAUGACAUCGCCCCACUCGGAAUCCAGCACCAAAAGCAACCGCGUCUUCAUCACCUCGUCGGAGCUCAGCCAGCACAACACCGCCUCCGACCUCUGGAUCUGCGUCCAAGGCAAAGUCUACGAUGUCACUCAUUGGCUCAAAUCUCACCCCGGCGGCGAUCUCCCUCUCCUAAACCUCGCCGGCCAGGAUGCCACCGACGCAUUCGUCGCCUACCACCCCGGUUCCGCAGUCUCUGAGGUCUCCACCGAUUACCGCCGCCUGGUCAACGAGUUCGCGAGGCUCGGCCUCUUCGACCGCAAGGGCCACAGCGCCGCCCUCACCCUCGCGUUCAUGGCCCUUCUGUUCGCGACCUCCGUCCGCCUCGUGCUCUGUUAUCAGUCGUGGGCGGUCCACCUUCUCGCCGGUUUCUUGAUGGGGUUUUCGUGGAUUCAGUCUGGUUGGGUCGGCCAUGAUUCCGGCCACUACAACGUGAUGCCGAGCAGGCGGUUCAAUCGUUUGGUUCAGGUUGUUUCAGGCAACUGCAUUGCGGGGAUCAGCAUCGGCUGGUGGAAGAGGAACCACAACGCCCACCACAUAGCUUGCAACAGCCUUGAUUUCGACCCGGACCUGCAGCACAUGCCUUUUUUUGCAGUCUCGUCCAAGUUUUUCAACUCGAUUACCUCUUUCUACUACGACAGGAAGCUGGUGUUUGACCCGUUGUCGAGGUUUUGCAUCAGCUACCAGCACUGGACGUUUUAUCCGGUAAUGUGUGUUGCUAGAGUGAAUCUCUUCGCUCAGUCGUUCCUCCUCCUCCUCUCGAGCAGGGUGGUGUCCGACAGGUGGCAGGAGCUCGUGGGCAUAAGUGUGUUUUGGAUCUGGUACCCUCUGGUUGUCUCUGUCUUACCCAACUGGGGGGAGAGAGUAAUGUUUGUGCUGGCGAGUUUUGCGAUUACGGGGAUCCAGCACGUUCAAUUCUGCCUGAACCAUUUCUCCUGUGACGUUUAUGUUGGGCCCCCGAGGGGGGAUGAUUGGUCCGAGAAGCAGACUGCGGGGACUGUGAACAUUACUUGCCCAUCGUGGAUGGAUUGGUUCCAUGGAGGAUUGCAGUUUCAGGUUGAGCACCAUUUGUUCCCAAGGUUGCCGAGAUGCAAUUUGAGGAGGGUCUCGCCCAUUGUUCAGCAGUAUUGCAAGAAGCACAAUUUGACUUAUAAAAGUGUGGGCUUUCUCGAUGCUAAUAGGAAGACUUUGGAGGUUUUGAGGAAUGCGGCGAUGCAGGCUAGGGAUUUGGCGAAUCCCGUGCCCAAGAACUUGGUUUGGGAAGCUGUCAACACUCAUGGUUGAUUUAGAUUUUGGAUAGAGGUCCCAUCCUUUUCUUUACAUAUAUUUUUUGUUUUCUGAUUUGGACAUUCUUUUGCUAUGUUAGAUUCUUGAUGUGCGAAUGAAAUGCGUAGCUGUUUUAUUAUGUAAGUUGAAUCUGAUAGCAAUGUUCACUGUUUUGCUCAGAUUAUCUGGUAUCUAUCUAUCUACUAUUUGCUUUUGCUUGCA